CAUCCGUGUACCACUAUUUCUAUUCUAUGGUGGUUCCAUAAAUUUAGUAAUCAACGAAAACUAAUUUUGUUAUUAUUAAAUUAAUAUUUUGUCAACAGCCUUUUAUUGGAUUUUUGGUUGAUUUAUUAUAAUUUAUCAAAAUUGCUUCCACAAUGACUGUCACGCGGGUUGCAGAAUCCCGCACGGAAUUUAAAUUAAAAAGUCUCCCGGAGGACGCUAUAUCAAGUGUUAAGUUUGCACCGAAAUCGAAUCAGUUUCUCCUUGUAUCUUCUUGGGACUGUUCUGUUAGGCUCUAUGAUGUAUCUGCUAAUAUUGAAAGGCACAAGUACAAUCAUGAACUACCUGUACUGGAUGUUUGUUUUAGGGAUGUCGUACAUUCUUACAGUGGUGGCUUAGAUCAGACGUUAAAAAUGUACGAUUUAAACGCCACUACAGAAACUGUAUUAGGUGACCAUAAGGGUGCUAUACGUUGUGUGGAGUUUGCUGCAGAAGUGAAUGCCGUGUUAACUGGAAGCUGGGAUGGAACGGUCAAAAUGUGGGAUAGCAGAGUGCCUAAUUGUGUAGGAACAUACAAUCAAGGCAAUGAAAGGGUUUAUACAAUGAGUAUUGUAGGAGAGAAAUUUGUAGUAGGCACAUCCGGGCGGAAGAUCUUUGUAUGGGAUGUGCGUAAUAUGGGUCAUGUUAAUCAGAGGAGAGAAUCGUCUCUUAAAUAUCAAACCCGUUGUAUAAGAGUAUUUCCAAACAAGCAGGGCUAUGUCCUGAGUUCUAUUGAGGGUAGAGUGGCUGUUGAGUACUUGGACAGUAAUCCCGAAGUUCAAAAAAAGAAAUAUGCAUUUAAGUGUCAUAGAAUAAAAGAAUCAGGUGUAGAAAAAAUAUACCCAGUGAAUGCAAUCAGUUUUCACUCCGUUUACAACACUUUUGCAACUGGUGGAUCCGAUGGUUAUGUUAAUAUUUGGGAUGGUUUCAAUAAAAAGCGACUGUGUCAAUUUCACAGAUAUAACACAGCAGUGUCGUCUCUGAGUUUCUCUCAUGAUGGUUCAGCAUUAGCUAUUGCCUGCUCCCAAUUAGACGAGACGGAAGCUGAGGAUCCGAAACCAGAUGACACGAUCUACAUCCGAUAUGUCACAGACCAAGAGACAAAACCUAAAUGAAAGUGUAUUUAAAGUGGUGGAUUUAGGGGAUACUGAAUAGUCGGAGAAUAGUCCCCUCUACAAAUUGUAAAGCCACACUCCAAAUAGUUAAUUUAAGACGUCUGGACUGAUUAUUAAAGCCCGUGGAGAAUUUGCUAAACAUGUUGCAUAAGUUUAAAAUAAUACCAGCUGUAAUUUUCGAAAUUUUAUUCUUUUAAUUAAAAGAAGGAUUUAAAAAUUGCUGAUGGUAUUAUUUGUGGACUGUUCCACUUCUUUAUUGCUGAUAAAAAAAUUUAAUUGUAAUAUCUCAAAUAUUUUUACUUUAGAUUGUUUGAAUAAAUGUUUUGUAUAUAAUAUAAUUAAUUAACUGAUAAAAUGUUUAUAGCUAACACAACUGUUCUGUCCACGGCUCUUGUAUUAUACACGUACUGAUCGAAUUCUAGAUUAAACGUUUUUCAAAGUAUAGAAAGCAGUACUAUAACAUUUUAUAUAAAAUUUGGAAAUAGGUUGAUAGAUUAACAAUUAUUUGUGAGUAUAAGUGAAUAUAGGAACUCUCAUAAAUCUUCGAAACUAGUUUUAUUCAAAGAACUUUUCUGAAAAGGAGAGGAUUUACAAGAUGUAAAUUUUUAAAGGAACAUAACUUUAUUUAAUUUACAUUGCUUGUUAGAAUAAUUUGCUAAUGAUUGACCGAUUUAUACUAUAAAAAUACGUACUUGUUUUCGCGUACUUUAAACAAUUUAAAGUUAUUAAAAUGAUUUGUUUGAAAGUCUGCUAAUUAUAAGUACUCUAGGUGGUCUUAAAAUAGUCAUAAAAAAUAGAUUAUGCGAAAUAAAGUGCGAUCGAUAACCUAAGAAUUAUUGUGCGCAAUUAAAAAUCUAUACUUAAACCUUAUCCAAAACUAAAUUAUGCAAAAAUUAUUAAAUACUCUUCAUGCACACUUGCGGUGCUAACAUUUAUUUCUUAAUUAGUAAUUUGCAUAUGAUUAUUAUGAGGAACUCAUAGGAAAACACGAUCCAUGAUAAAGUAGGUUAAAAAUUUAAACUGCCUUUUAUUUAUUAAACAUUUUAUAAACUUACCCUUUUAUAAAAAAUAUCUAUCUAUUUGCAGUCCUUGUACUUAAGUCGUUUGCUCUUUAUGAUAGCAUAAACACAAUUUGCCAAAAAGAGAGGAGUACCUACUUUAAUUAAAAGCAAUUAGACUUGGGUUCUUGUACUUGGGACUUGGUCUAUUCUAAUCAUACCUAGUAAUAAUUUAUAAAUGGGAUUGACUGAGCACUUAUUCAGACAAAAGUGUUUGUAUUUAAGGUAUAAGUUGGAAUAAAAUAAUAUAAAUUUCA